GUGUGCUCUUUAGGAAAAGCUGUGGCUUUGUGGAUUUCUCCGCGCUUCCUAGUGGAGAAGGAGGAGGAGGAGGAGUGAAGGGUGAUCAGGAGGAGGGUGUGUGUGUGUGUGAGAGAGAGAGAGAGGUUUUAGGAUUUGGGUGAAAGAGCAUCUUUAGUGGUGGAGAGAGAGGACUCGGGGAGCUUCAUACUGAUGCUGAGUCAGAGACAGGUGGAUCCCUGGGCCUUUGUCUCUGGAGCCUCGGGUGAAGAUGGAGGAGCUGGAACACACCUGCCCUCUUCCUCGGACGGCCUUCCCCUUGCCCCUAAAAGAAGACGAAAUAGUAGAUGAAUACUCUGAUCGAACCCGCCAUAUUUGCCCAGGAGACGAGCUGCGAGUGUCGAGCGCCCCACGAGAAGCUGAGUGUUGAUCAGGCUCGACUCGGCACUCCCGUGGACCGGCCAGUGCGCGUCUACGCAGAUGGGAUUUUUGAUCUUUUCCACUCGGGCCACGCCCGAGCACUCAUGCAGGCCAAGAAUCUCUUCCCCAACACGUACCUGAUAGUCGGAGUUUGCAGCGAUGAACUUACUCACAAGUACAAGGGCUUCACGGUGAUGACUGAGCAGGAGCGGUACGAGGCCUUACGACACUGUCGCUACGUGGACGAGGUGGUGCGAGACGCGCCCUGGACCCUCACGCCGGAGUUCCUGGAGAAACACAAGAUUGACUUUGUGGCGCACGAUGAUAUCCCAUACUCCUCGGCUGGAUCUGAGGACGUGUACAAACAUAUAAAGGAAGCAGGGAUGUUUGUGCCCACUCAGAGGACAGAGGGCAUCUCUACAUCCGACCUGAUCACCCGUAUCGUCAGAGACUACGACGUUUACGCCAGACGCAACCUGGAGCGCGGAUACACGGCCAAGGAGCUGAACGUCAGCUACAUCAACGAGAAGAAGUACCGUCUGCAGAACCAGGUGGACAGGAUGAAGGAGAAGGUGCGGACGGUGGAGGAAAAAUCCAAACACUUUGUGUACCGCGUGGAGGAGAAGAGCCACGACCUCAUCCAGAAAUGGGAGGAGAAAUCACGCGAGUUCAUCGGGAACUUCCUGGAACUCUUCGGCCCUGAUGGCACGUGGAAGCAGAUGUUCCAGGAGCGCAGUGGCCGGAUGAUCCAGGCGUUCUCUCCCAGCGGUUCCCCCAGCAGCAGCCCUCCCAGGGAUUUCUCUCCGUCCCGCUCUCCCUCUCCUCCGUCCCGCUGGGCCGUCCCCAGGACCUCGCCUCCGUCUUCCCCUAAAGGCGCCUCGGCCUCCAUCAGCAGCAUGAGCGAGGGAGACGAGGACGAGAAGUGAGGACGAGGACGAGGACUUACUCACUCACUCACUCACUCACUCACCUUAAACACCUCACACACACGCACACACACACACACACACACACACACCUUUCUUCUUUCCCUGUACACUCCAGCAGUGACGAGCUUCGUGAGUCUCCUCAUGAAAAACAAAUGAAAACAGAAACGUGUAAAUACGCCGUAUGCAAUACGAGAUCGAUCACGUCCUCUCGAUCGUUUUCUUCUGACUUGGUGCGAUUGAUUCUCUUUAGCGGAGAGGAGAUGAGAGCGAGGAGUGUGUGUGACUGAUUUGCCUUCACCUGCUCAGGUUCGACUGAAAUGUAAAGACCGUCCGUGUGAAGUACUGUACAUCUGUGUCUGCAGUUUUUAUUUAAGGACAGAGACGCUUCAAGCUGUUCAUUGAUUUCCGGAGACGCUUGAUGAUGUCUCUUAUUGUUCUUUAUUUCAUUAAAGGAACAAACGAACAACUAACCAAACAAACAAACAAACAAACAAACAAACAAUAA